GUGUGUGUGUGUGUGUGUGUGUGUGUGUGUAGGGUAGAACAGAACAGACUGAACUGAAUCAGAUCUUGUGUGGAGGCGAGUACAUCUUUCCUAAAAGGAUCUUCGGGUCAAAAUGUCUCAAACAGAUGCGCCAAAUGUGCCUUUACAUGAGAUAGAAAAACAACUGCUUGAGUAUUUAGGAACUUUGAAAGCUGUACAAGAAGCUGAAAAGGAGAUUGAAAAGGAAUAUUCCAUUAAGAAAGAUGACACAGGGUUAUGGCCAGUAGAUGAUAUAAAAAAAACUUGGGGUAAAAUACAGAUGGAGAUGGAUUGGCCAGAUGAAGAACGAAGAAGAGCAGACUGGUCUAUCGUGAUAAUUUUGCAAAUGUUGCUACAACGAAUCCAGAAUGAUGCAUCUAAAACUCAGUCAGAGCUCAAAGAGGAUUUAACUGGAUCAAAUUCAUAUGAUCCUCCAGCAGAAACAAAAGAUCAUUCGAAGCACAGUGAAAUAAAUAUAUCAGAAGAGACUAAACCCAGGAAGGGCACAAAAACGGAUUCAGAAAAUUUAGAAAAGGACAAUGCUGAAAAAAUAAGAAAAAAUACAGAUACAACAGAUAAUAAAAAGUAUGCUUCAGAAAAGCUUUCAAGCCAAAACGGUGACCCAGGUUCUCAAGGAAUCUAUAUCCCACUUACCGAAUUAAAAGCCACUAAUCUAGAGCAAAAUAUAAAGAAGGAAGAAGAAAACACAAGACUUAAACUCAUAGAUGGAAAACCCAAAUUUUCCAAUCAGGAUGAUGAUGAUAAACAGUUGUUGUUAGAGAAAACGUCUCAUGUUUUGCAGUACGACAAUGAAACCCAUAAUGCUGCAUGGGUGUUUGAGAUACUUAACAAAGAAACCAUAAAAGGGCCUGCUCUACAAUCAAUUCAUCGUUUAGAUUACUCAACUGAUAAAGAUCACAGAGCACCUGAGAGUUUGAAGACCUAUACUGGUACAGGCUUCCAAAGAGGUCAUCUGGCUGCUGCUGCCAACCACACGUCGUGCCAGAAAGCAAGAGAUGAUACAAACCUCCUCAGCAACAUCGUACCACAGCAUAAAGACCUAAACAAGGGAAAAUGGAAAAGAUUGGAGAAUCUCUGUCGACUAUACGUUCAAGACGAUUAUUCUAAAGCCUAUAUAUACACUGGUCCACUUUACCAUACUGAAAAAUACAUUACUGAAAAGGAAAAGACAUUCAGGAGAGAUUUUAGGUCAAAGUAUGGGAAAACUCUGCCAACUCAUUUCUUUAAGGUCAUCAUUCUGGAGAAGGAUAAUGGACAACGUGAACUUAAAUGCUAUAAGAUACCUAAUGAAAGAGAAGAAAAGCAAAAACAAAAAACCCCACAAAAAAAACAAAAAAACAAUAAAAGAAAAAAUAGAAAGCAUUGAAAAAGAACUAAGUGAAUUCUUUUCAAUUAUUGGUGACAUUGAGGAAGCCUCUGGACUGACGUUCACAGAAAAAAAUCCAGAGAUUCUUGAAGACAGAGAAAACCUAGUGAGAGUGAACUUCAGAAAAGAUUAUGAAAACAUCAUGAGGACUCCAACAGAUACAAUAGCUGUAACAGUUGAAAUAAUCCCUGGACAGGAUACAUGGCAGAGAGAGGAGUAGUCACAGGAAGAAUUGAAUCUUCUGGAGUCUAAAGACACCUGUGAUGAAGAAUAAUCUACCAUUUAGAUUCAAGAUGCAGAUGUUUGUACAUCUCUCUUCAAGUUUUACUUUAACAUCAAACAUCAUAUUUUCAAAUGUAUUACACAGCUGUCUGAAAUAUCUGAUUCCGACAAUGACACUUACUGUAGUGUCUCUAUAUUCACUGCAUUGUGAGACACAUUGCUUUAAUUAUGCUCACACUAUAUUUUAUAUAGUGUGAAUAUUCUAGACAUUACAUUCUUAUAGUAUAUUCACUAUAGUUUAUACUAUUCUUACACAAGAUUUAAGUUAUGCCUGUUUGACAUUUAUAUGACUAUGUUAAAGUCAUGAUGCUGAAAGGUGGUGAGAUAUGUUUGAUAAACUUUUAAACGUUAGAAUGCAGCAGACUGAACAUAUGUUAAAGUGAAUUUUUUUGUUUUUCACUUAUUUUAGCCUCUGAUUGUUUUACUAGAGAUUAUUCUGAUUAAUCUUAAACUGUACAUUAUGUAAAGAACAUACUGUUAAAAUAUAACUUUGAUAUCUUUAAUAUUGACUGAGUAAUGCCAUGCCAAAGAUUGAAAUCAAUGAGUAAAACUUUGUGGGACAUUAGUCUGGAUUUCACAAACAUGACAUGAACUGAUAGUAUGAGUGAUUCUGUGUUUUUGUAUUUAAUCAAAUAUAUUCUGUGUGCUGAUGUAUAUUCUGAUCUGUCUGGAUUAAUUCUGUAAUCGGAUGAUUUUGCAAUUAGGGAGUUUUAAAUGGUUAAAUAUGUAAAUUUAUCUACACACAGUGACAAUAUUUACAAUAUAGCACAGCCUCUCUGAGGUUAAUAAUUUUUAAGUAACCAGAUUAUAUCUUUGCAUUGUGUGGUAUUUUAAAUAAAGGAAAA